AUGGCAACUGCCAGCUCGGGCGGCUCCGCUGGAGAUGGCGCUGGAGAUGGCGCUGAAGACACCAAAAGAUACACCGCCCGCAGCCUUGAGAGCCGCUGUGGGGCUCCGAGUUUUACGCCUAAGCCGAAGCAUAAGUUCGAACCACGCCUCAGUGUUCUCAGGGGCCCCUUUAUGACCCCUGAAGCCAACCAUGCAGAUGACAGCUGCCAGGACUCCCGCAACAUAGGCGGCGAGAUCCAAACACCUCGCGCGGAGCCGCUCCCAGAUGGACACCCUCCCGCGGAUGGAGAUGCCGAACAGAACCUCACUUUCCCCGAAGGUGGGCUCCAGGCAUGGCUGGUCGUCCUGGGAUCCUUCUGCGCGAUGCUGUCCGUGUACGGCCUCAUCAACAGCUCUGCCGUCUUUGAGUCGUAUUUCUCAACCAACCAGCUGGCCGACUACGACUCUUCGUCCAUAGGGUGGAUCUUCAGCGUCUACCUGUUUAUCGUCUUCUUUGCUGGUAUUCAGGUUGGCCCCGUGUUUGACCGCCAUGGACCGAGAAUCCUUGUGGCCGUUGGCAGUCUUUUGACUGUCGCCAGUCAGCUCAUUCUGGGAUUGUGUGUCGAAUACUACCAGAUCCUGCUCACGUACUCCGUGCUAGGUGGAAUUGGCGGGGCUUUGCUCAAUGUACCAGCGUAUGGAGUCAUCGCUCACUACUUCAAGGAGCGCCGCGGCCUUGCUACCGGCAUCGCAGCCACCGCCGGAUCCGUUGGUGGCAUUAUAUUUCCCCUCCUCCUGCAGGGUCUUCUGCCCAAACUCGGCUUUGCCUGGACAACACGCAUUAUCGGCUUGAUUCUUCUUGGACUCUCAGUCCCGGCAAACCUCCUGCUCCGUACCCGCCUCCCUCCAAGUGACAAGUUGGUGUCAGUCAUGCCAGAUUGGUCUCUGUUCAAAGACCUCAAGUUCAGUCUCAGCUGUGCUGGUGUGUGGUUCCUGGAAUGGGGCAUAUUCGUGCCCCUCACCUUCGUGGUAUCCUAUGCUGCCGACUACGGUCAGGAUGCGACCUCGGCAUACAUCCUCCUCGUAUACCUCAACGUCGGGUCCUUUUUCGGCCGCUUCCUUCCAGGCUUUCUUGCUGAUAAGAUUGGCCGCUUCAACGUGAUAGUGCUCACUAUAUCGCUGUGCGUCAUCACGCUUUUGGCUUUCUGGCUGCCUGCUGGUUCGUCCAGGGCUCUGCUCAUCGUGUUCGUUGUCACCUUUGGGUUUGCCAGUGGCAGUAACCUCGGGCUUUACCCAGUUUGCCUCGGGCAGUUGUGUGACUCGAGGGAGUACGGCCGAGUCUACUCCACCGCGCUCAUGGUUGGGAGUUUCGGUACUUUGACCAGUGUGCCAAUCGGAGGAGCGUUACGCGACGUUGGUAGCUUGCACCAAGGCUGGACAGCGAUCAUUCUCUUCUCAGCGCUAUCCUACGCCGUCGCCAUGAGCUGCUUCCUAGGCGUGCGAGUUCUCGCUGUCAGUUGGGGCGUCAAGAAGGUGUUCUAG